GUCUAUCGGCAGGUAGCGCGCGCGCAACACAAGCGCAGAGGCCGCGCGUUCCAAAUUUAAAUUAAUUAAAAAAAUAAUCUAAUGGUUACGAAAGAGUUUAUAGUCACAAAUAAAAAAAAAGACUGUUUAUUGAAAAUUCAAACUACAGUAUUGAAACAUUAUUUUGUGAUAUAGUUAAGUUAUAAAUAUUAAAAUGAAUGAAGAUCAAGUGACUAAACUUAGCAAAGGGCCAGCGGUAGGAGUGCGGCACCUGCAGGUGCUGAUGCUGUUCCUCGCCAUGGUAAUAGUGUUCACCAUGAGAGUCAACAUGAGCAUGGCCAUCGUCGCCAUGACUGAUAAGGAUAGCGAGGGCGCAUUCGACUGGAGCAUGCAAACCCAGAGUGUGAUCCUGUCGUCAUUCUUCUGGGGCUACGUGGUACUCCAGAUCCCGAGUGGAGAGAUUGCAGCCAGGUUCGGUGGUAUGAUACUCAUCACAAUAUGCAUCGCUGUCAACUCUGCUGUCUCGUUGCUGAUUCCUUUAGCUGCUUAUUAUGGAGGUUGGCAAGCCAUCUGCGCCUGCCGAGUGCUCCAGGGUCUGUCUCAGGGCUGCGUAUACCCGACGAUGCACAAUCUUAUAGGCAAAUGGGUGCCCUUGGAGGAAAAGAGCCGUCUCGGAACCCUAAUAUAUGGAGGUGCUAUGAUGGGAACAGCCUUACAGCUGAUGAUAUCAGGCUUCAUCGCUGACUCCUGGGGCUGGCCAGCCAUAUUCUACGUGGACGGUUCAAUAGGUGCCAUCUGGGUAGUGUUCUAUGUGUUCCUGGGUGCCGACUCUCCUCAGAGGUCUAAAAUGAUUGGGAAAGUGGAAAAAUUGUAUAUUCAGACGUCUUUGGGACAAAUUGGUGAACAGAAGAGGUUACAAACUCCUUGGAAGAAGAUAGCGACAAACCUGUCGUUCAUCUCUCUGAUCGUGGCCCACUGCGGACAUAACUGGGGCUACUGGACGCUCAUGACGGAGAUGCCUUCCUACAUGAAGCAAGUUCUUGGAGUUGAUAUUAAAGCUAAUGGACUUAUGUCAGCUCUUCCUUACUUGGCAAUGUACUUGCUAAGUUUCCCCUUCGGGUUUAUAUCUGAUUACAUUUUGAAGAACAAUUGGCUCAGCAUCAGCACUUGUCGAAAGCUUUCCAAUUCUAUUGGUGAAUACGGGCCCGCGUUAGCACUGAUCGGCUUGAGUUACGUGCCGGCCGGCAACGUCACAAUGGCUGUCGCUCUGCUUACCCUCGUCGUUGGACUCAAUGCUGGACACAUGACUGGAUAUUUGCUGGUUCACAUUGACAUGGCUCCUAACUUUGCUGGCACAAUGAUGGGCAUCACCAACUUCUUUGCGAACAUCGUGUCCAUCAUCGCUCCUUUGGUUGCUGGUCUUAUUCUACAGGAUGAGACUGACCCUGAGCAAUGGCGUCAAGUGUUCUACGUGGCAUCAGCCAUCUACGUCGCCAGCAAUACAUUCUUCGUGAUCUUCGGCACCAGCGAGAGGCAGACUUGGAAUGAACCCGACCCCAAAGAAAUUACGUCAGGAUCAGAAAAGGCUGAAAAAGUAGUUUAAGAAUAAAGUUACCUAUACAUACCGCAUUUGUAAAUUUUGUAAAUAUUAAUAAAUUAUGUUGAACUAAA